AUGGCAAAGGAUGUUAACCUCGAGGGUAACUUGCUGCUAUGGCCUGCCUCGGUAUAUGCUCUGACCUGUGGUUGUACUCUUCUGCUUUCAGGAGCUAUGGCCGAUCUUUUCGGGGCUCGUCAACUCUAUCUCUUGGGAUGCUUCUUCCAAUCGGCUUUCACCCUCGCCUGUGGCCUGGCCAACACCGGAAUCCAGUUGAUCAUGUUCCGCGCCUUCGCCGGUGUCGCUAUCUCCAUGUGCCUGCCUUCCGCCGUUAGCAUUAUCACGCACGCGUUCCCUUCGGGCAAGCGAAGGAACAUCGCUUUCGCCUCCAUGGGUGGAGGCCAGCCCAUUGGCUUCUCCGUUGGCCUCAGUGUUGGCGGCGUCUUCACGGACACAAUUGGUUGGAGAUGGGGCUUUCAUAUCGCAGCCAUCAUCAACACCGUCAUCUUCUUGAUCGCGCUGAAGUGGCUUCCUAGCAUUGGUAAGCGCGAGCCUGUAACGUGGAAUCGCUUCGUGACGGAGGUGGACUGGAUCGGAGCGUUCCUGGCGAGCGGUUUCUUAGCAAUGGUCUCAUAUGUUCUUGCUAUCUUGACCGACAGCUUGAGUGACAUCAAAAAGCCGGAGAACAUCGCCCUUCUUGCCAUAUCAGGAGUGCUCAUUGGCGGCUUCAUUGGUUGGGUAGAGCGGCAAGAACGCCUCGGCCGACCGGCCAUCAUUCCGAACUCCCUAUGGAAGAACCGAAGCUUCACCAGCAUCUGCAUCAGCGUCUUCAUGGUAUGGGGUGCAUUCAACGCGACGGAGCAAUUGAGUUCCUUCUACCUCCAGUACGUACAGAGACUCUCUGCAAUCGACACUUCGGUCCGCUUCCUUCCGGCGCCGGUCGGCGGAGUCCUCGCCAACGUUGUCGCCGGUCUCGUCGUGCACCGCGUCCGGGCCGAUGUGGCAAUCCUCAUCGCCGUCGCGCUUGCAGCUCUGUCUCCACUGCUAAUGGCCAUCGCGGACCCCGCAUGGAACUACUGGUACUGUAUCUUCUGGGCCAUGUUCAUGAACGCCAUCGGGGCCGACACCCUCUUCACCAUCUCGAACCUGCUGAUCACCUCGCUGUUCCCCUCACGGACGCAGGGCGUCGCGGGUGGUGUGUACAACACCAUCGCUCAGAUUGGCAAGAGCGUGGGAUUGGCAUCAUCGGGAGCUAUAGCGAGCGCGGUCACGGCCAAGUCGGGCGUGGCAGACAAGGAGAGCCCGACGGCGUUGCUGGACGGGUAUCGGGCGUCGUUCUGGUAUUGCUUCGCGCUGUACGGCGCAACCCUGGUGGUGACUGUUUGGGGGUUGAGAAAGAUCGGCAAAGUGGGUGUCAAGAAGGAGUGA